UGCCGAAGCGUCUGACCACCGAUCACUGCACAUGUCAGUCGGCAGUAGGAAGUGAGCUGGUGGACUGAGACAGAUCUUUGAACACAUUUAACAGUUGAUUCUGUUUAAAAACAACUUUGACGGUAUGCCUCUGCGGGUAGUGGUGCAGGGUCCUGGACCCUGGGGAUUCAGGCUGGUUGGGGGAAAGGACUUCGAGCAGCCACUGACUAUUUCCCGGGUCACCCCUGGCAGUAAAGCUGCCCAGGCCAACCUGUGUAUGGGAGACAUGAUCCUGGCUAUCGACGGAGAGCCGACAGAGAACAUGACUCACUUGGAAGCGCAGAACAAAAUCAAGGGAUGCUUAGAGGAGAUGGUGCUCUCCAUAGACAGGUCAGAAGCUAAAAUGUGGUCACCGCUUUCAUCUGAGGAAGGAAGGACACAUCCAUACAAGAUGAAUCUUGCAUCAGAGCCGAGGGAGGUGAAACACAUUGGCUCCACCCACAACAGGAGUGCUCUGCCGUUCACCAGCUUCGGCUCCAAGGUCGUGACCAACCAGUACAACAGCCCCUCUGGUCUCUACUCUUCAGAGAACAUCCAGGACUUCAACUCAGCUGUGGCUACAGCUAAUGAGCCCAGCCGCAAAGCUCCCUCAGAUCCGUCGCCGGCAGGCAAGCGGCCGCCUGUAACUGCAGAUUCGGAGGUUUACAAGAUGCUGCAGGAGAACCAAGAGUCUGAUGAGCCUCCUCGACAGUCUGCUUCUUUCAAGGUGCUUCAGGAGAUUCUUGAGACGGGUGACUCUGAUAAACCGUCAGGGUUCAGGAGUGUGAAAGCACCCUCAACAAAGAUUGGAUCAUCUGUGGGGAACACAGACAAGUUACCAUCAUGUGACAAAUGCGGAUCUGGGAUUGUGGGGAUGGUGGUAAAGCUGAGAGACAAGUUCCGUCACCCCGAGUGCUACACCUGUACAGACUGCGACAUCAACCUAAAACAGAAGGGACAUUUCUUUGUGGAGGACCAGAUUUAUUGUGAGAAGCACGCGCGCGAGCGAAUGACCCCUCCUGAGGGCUACGACGUGGUCACCGUCUUCCCCAAGUAGAGCGCUCACUGGGCUCAGCCUUGGACUGCACGCCACGCCACGCCAGGACAGGACACCAUGACAUAAUCCAAGACAGCGCAACACGUAGCUCACGCUGCUCCCAGAGCUAUAAAAUGUUCUCUCACAUUCUGCUUCAGUAUGGUCACUGGUGAGCAGGACUGUAAAGAACCACAUCUUUGAAAGUGUCGAUUUGCACAAUAACUUUGGCAUCUACGAAAGGAGAAUCGAUGAAUUCUUUGAGAUAAUGGCAUUCAGUUUUUUCCCCUCCCUAAAAAAAAUGUUUUUCCAUUUGAAUGACAGCCACUGUUUUAUGUAAUAUUUGUAUUUGUAAGUGUAAGUGUUCAUUAUUUUGAAUCAUGGAAACAAUGGAAAGCCAGACUACUUUUCACAACAGGAGACGUAUUUUCUACAGUUUUAUUAAAUAAAUAGACCUACUUUUAUGCAGCAAAAAUAACUCAAACAACACAUUUGAAUAUCCUUACCAAAUAAAUAUUUUAGCUUA